AACAUCAGAAGACACAUGUAGGUUCACUAGUUGUAUUGGAAGAUAAAUAAAAUGGCUGUAUUUGUGCUGUAGACAUGGGAACCCCUGGUUCUUAUCACCACCACUGUAAAGAAAACUCUACAAUGAAGUGCUGAAUUAUUAAGACAUUUUAAAAAAUUGGUGAAAUUACCCUUUAAAUGUGUUCUUCAGGGCUGGUAUCAGAUUCCUCCAUAUUUAUAAUAGCCACAAAACUGGUUCUAGAUCAACAGUCCUACUCCUGAGGUGGUUGGUUUGUGAAUACAGACCUAUUAGUAGUGACGUAAGCCAAGUACCAUCACGGACCUCACAUUUAGGUUCACAGGGGACGUAUUAUUCAGCGUCGUGAGAGGGUAGAGUAGCCUAAACUCAAAGUCAUAGAACAUAGAAUAUUGUUACUUAUGAAAUUAUAACUUAAAUAAGAGUAAAACACUUUUUCAAAAAACUAUUUAAGCAGAAGUUAAAAUAUAUAUCAUGUUAAAACUCCAGAACUGAAUUCCUAUAGAACUAAUUAGCCCAUCCAGCUUCUAUCGGAAUAGUAACUAAAGUUUGUUAGGCUCCAUUCUUCUCUUUUUGGUCUAAAAUGCCACAGAUGCUGUCACCACCAUAACACAGAAACACAAAAAGGAAUUAGAAACUAAAUGCCAGGUACUAAAAUGCAACUGAGUGAGGAUCAGAUGCCUUUCCUCACAAAUAUUCGUAAGUAGGAGUAAAAAUGCUAUGAUUUGAAAAUACUCAGAAAAGCACAAAUCCUUUAAAAUUGACCAAGGAGGCAUUCCAGCCUAAAACUGGAAUUGCACCCUCACGUUUGGCAGAUUUCACGAUUUUUUAUCCUUUUCGCAUUUUCAUCCGGUGUACUCUCACUACAAAACCCAUAAUCCCUGUGACGCUCAACAAAUCUGGUCUAGCCACCAGUCUUUAGGCUAAGAAGUACAUCUGAUGCUAGCUAUAAUCAGUGAUGUAGCACUAACCUUAAAUGUAUAUUUUUUGUUUGUCAAAGUAAUAGUUCAAAAGAAUAAUCUAAAACAGCCUGUCCUCAAUUAUUCACACCAAAACAUCUUUAAAAUUUACUUCCACCUUGAAGCUCGUCAGCCUAAUCAACCUUAUCUUUAAUCCAGUAAAUCUUGCUUUAGAGGCUACUGUGGUGUCGCUGUAAGAGAAAACCUGUCAAACGAAGCCGGUGCAUACUGCAGAAGCUGAAGCGCAGGUCAGAUCUGUUCGGGACUGUGGAGCUCAGACAGAUCCGCAUGAGCAGCUCCCACAGCCACAGCUCUCAUCAGACCCGCCUGGGCUGGAGGACUUCCUGCGCAGAGUAGAGGAUAUGGUCAUCAGGGAACUGGUGAAGAACGCAAAGAGCCACGCUUUCGAUGGGUUUGAGGUGAACUGGGCGGAUCAGCAUCAGACGGUGUCCUGCUUAUACUGUCUCGGACAUCCUGACGCAAAGCAGAGGGGUCUGCAAGUUACCAGUGUAUCUUGGAACUGCACAGGUUCUGUUAUUGCCUGUGCUUAUGGCCGUGUUGAUAAUGGAGACUGGAGCACCGAGAGGUCCUGCGUGUGCAUGUGGAACCUGGACCGAAGCAGACUGAAUCCUAAACAGCCGGACACGGUCAUAGAUACGACGACACCUGUCGUGUGUGUGUCCUUCCAUCCCCUGCGGCCAUCUCUGAUUGCUGGAGGACUCUACAGUGGAGAAGUAAUCGUGUGGGAUACAAGUCGCACUCAAGACCCUGUUUUUGCUCAAACAGGGAUGUCGCCAGAUACUCACAGAGAGCCCGUAUAUGAGGUGAAAUGGGUUCCAGGGACUCGUAGAGGAGAACUAGCUGUCCUAAGUGCAUGUUCAGGUGGCCGAAUCCUGCUGUGGAGCGUAGAUGGAGUGGAGGGUAAACUGACCUUAACUUCUGGAUACGCUCUUGUCCGGCAACAGGUCCCACAGAGCAGUUCGAUGAGCAAGUUGCAGACCAGAGGUGGCACGAAUAUAGGAGUCACCUCUCUAACACUUUCACCCUGGGACACGGACACAUUUCUUGUGGGCUCUGAAGGAGGCAUGGUGCUCAAAUGCUCUUUCAGCAGUCAGACAGUAGCAGCGGUUCCCCCUGAUGGCGAGAGUGUGACAUUGCGUUCACCAGCACAGUUCUCUUUCUCAACAAGAGGUGGCCCAAUACAUUCGCUUCACUUCUCCCCAUUCCAUAGAAACCUCUUUGUGAGUGUUGGGACAGAUGGCUUGGCCCAUAUCCACAGCAUACUGCAGCCCCGACCCCUGCUGACUCUAAGAGUGUCUGACUCCUAUGUAUUUGGAGUGCGAUGGUCACCUGUCCGCCCUCUAGUUUUUGCUGCAGUCACUGGACAAGGUUUGGUGCAAGUGUUCGAUUUGGGUCGGAGGUCACUCAGGCCAGCAGCCACCAUUGACCAGAACACUGGAGGACAGCCAGCAUAUUGUCUGGAGUUCAGCCCCCAGCAGCUCCUGGCAGUGGGCAAUGCUGAGGGAACAGUCAAAAUUUGGCAGCUGAGUGCAGAGUUAACAGAGCAGGGCUCGAGAGAGACUGCAGUUCUGGAGCAGCUGGCAAACGAGGUGGCAGAGUGAGCUUAAAGGCAGAUUUGGUUUUAAUGCUGCCUGAUCAUGAAAACAAAGACUUUCUAUUUUUCUGAAAUUGUUGCUUCAUAAAUUGUCAAUUGUAAGAUUGUGUAGUUGUGUGCAAAAGUUUGAAGACUCCUGGUCAAAUGACAUGCUUUGUUGAUUUUCUAUGUGAAAAUCUACAGUGA